AUGGCAAGAGGUGUGCAGAUGGUGGGACACCUGGCAAGUGGUGUACAGCUGGUGAGAGAAAGUGGAAGAGGUUUUACAGGUGGUGGGGCAUAUAUCAAGAGGUUUACAGGUGGUGGGACACAUGGCAAGAGGUUCACAAGUGGUGGGACACAUGGCAAGGAGUAUACAGGUGGUGAGACACAUGAGAAGAAGUUUACAGGUGGUGGGACACAUGGCAAGAGGUUUACAGGUGAUGGGACACAUGGCAAGAGGUUCACAGGUGGUGGGACACAUGGCAAGUGGCUUACAGGUGGUGGGACACAUGGCAAGGGGUUUACAGGUGGUGGUGGGGCACAUAUCAAGAGGUUUACAGGUGGUGGGACACAUGGCAAGAGGUUCACAAGUGGUGGGACACAUGGCAAGGAGUUCACAGGUGGUGAGACACAUGAAAAGAAGUUUACAGGUGGUGGGACACAUGGCAAGAGGUUUACAGGUGAUGGGACACAUGGCAAGAGGUUCACAGGUGGUGGGACACAUGACAAGGGGUUUACAGGUGGUGGGACACAUAUCAAGAGGUAUACAUGUGUUGGGACACAUGGCAAGAGGUUCACAGGUGGUGAAACACAUGAGAAGAGGUUUACAGGUGGUGGGGCACAUGGCAAGUGGUUUACAGGUGGUGGGACACAUGGCAAGAGGUGUGCAGAUGGUGGGACACCUGGCAAGUGGUGUACAGCUGAGAUAGGGAGCUACGGAAUGGUGUUGGUUGUGACAAAGGCAGUCGACGAUGAUGAUGUUCGGGUUAGAAUACCGUUGAAUGCUGUUGUGAACAACUCAACACGUGCUGAGAAGAGGUUUCUUUCAUCCAAAAUAAAAUAA